AUGGCCAUCGCGACGAUAAAAGUCUGCACGAGUCCGUUCGAGUACGCUCUCACAACAUCGUCGAGAUACUGGCUUGGAACGUGCCCUGACAAGUCCGCAGCGCCGCUGCUCAGAAUCUCGGCAGGAUCCAAGUCGGGCAGUGUCGUGCGGAUAUCCAGCACCAGCUUGUUGGCAAAGGCCGUCUGGCCGACAGCAACAAAUAGCUAG